CAUCAGCUUUAAGGGCCUGGGGUUAUUGGAGCCUAAGAACAUGAGGUCUUCUGAACUAUAAAGAACAUAGGCAGUUCCGUGCAUCACAAAGUCAGGAUCAGAAAAUCUGAAAAAAAAAACAGAAAUCUCCACGCUACCAAGAUUGCAGAAGUUUAAGACAUGCUCAGCUUGAGAGCAGCCACCAUCCAAGACAACCAGGCAAGCCUCCAGAUCCCGGGCAACCCACGCUAAGCAAAAGCAGAACAGUAGAUACAUUGAAAACAGAGCAGCGGGUACCUGGAAGGAGCCCAUCUUCCACAAGUUUGAGACAGUCUAAAUCAAGGACUGAUUUUAAAGAAGAUCAGAAGCCAAGUAUGAUGCCCAGCUUCCUCUCAGAUGCCAACCCAUUUGGCGCAGUUACUUCGGUUGUAAACAAAUUCAAUCCCUUUGAUUUGAUCUCUGACUCAGAUACAGCCCAAGAAGAAGCUUCCAAAAAACAGAGACCUGUUCAGAAGGAACAGGAGAAGUCUGAACAACAGAAGGGACCCACCAAGCAACCGGCACAGCAGCAGUCUCCAAAGCCAACAGGUCCACAACAAGGAGCUUCAAAACCAGCCCCUCAGAAAGCAGGAACUCCAAAACAGGUGCAGCAGCAACAACAACAACCACAGCAACAACAAACUGGGGUAUCAAAGCAGGUUCAGAAGCCAGGGCCUGCCCAACCAAUAGGCCCCCAGUCAGAAGAAGCAAAAACCCAGCAAGGGCCAGCAAAAACUCCAUCCCAGCAACCAGGGGCUACAAGACCGGUUCAGCAGCAGAGUCCUGCAAAGCCUUCACCACAACAACCUGUUUCUGCAAAAGCAUCUUCGCAGCAGCCUGAUGCUUUGAAGACUUCCUCUCAGGUACCUGCCCCUACCAAGCCAGCAGCCCCACAAGGAACACCACCUGGAAAGCAACCACCUCAACAGCCAGGAGGGCCAGCAAAGGCUGCUGCCCAGCAAGCAGGACCCAGUAAACAGCCUGUACAACAGCCAGGUGGUCCUGCACAACCAGCUCCCCAGCCAGCAGGUUCUACGAAGCAACAAUUCCAGCAGCCUGGUGGGCCUGCAAAGCCAUCAGCUCAACAGCCUGGGCCUACAAAGCAACCACAGCAGCGGACAGGCCCUACAAAACCUACAGUUCAACAGUCUGGGGUCUCCCAGCAAGGUCGCGUGGACUCAUCUCAACAACCUUCUCAGCCUGGGGAACCAACUCCCAAGAAAACAUUUUGUCCUCUUUGCACUACUACAGAACUGUUGUUACAUACUCCUGAGAAGGCCAAUUACAAUACAUGUACUCAGUGUCAAACUGUAGUCUGCAGCCUAUGUGGGUUCAAUCCUAAUCCACAUAUAACAGAGAUUAAAGAAUGGCUUUGUCUAAACUGCCAGAUGCAAAGAGCUUUAGGAGGUGACUUAGCUCCAGCCCAUGGCCCUGGACCACAGCCUUCUGCAUCCAAACAAAAGACGCCUCCUCCAGCCUCAGUAGCCAAACCACCUCCACAGCUACAACAACCAACACAGAAGAAAGAUGUUCCUCCAAAACCUGAUGUCACCCAAUCACCCGAACACAAAAAGCCACCAACACAGACAAAAGAGCCUAUCCUGCCUGGUUCUCCUGUGAAAUCAAAGCCUUCCACUGCUGAAUCUCAGGAUUUCACAAAAUCUGACCAGGCCAAGCCAACAUUGAGUGAAGAUAAGAAAAUGCCGCCCACAAGUCAGAAAACCAUAAGUGACGCUGUGCCUACCCCUUCACCAUCAGACCCCAAAAAAGAUUCAUCUGGGCCCAAACCUGUACUGGCUGAACAGAAGGAUGCACCUCCUCAAAAACAAGAGCCUGCCAAGCCAUCUCGAGACACACCACUGCCUGUUGAUAAAACUGCUCCUUCAGAUUCAAAAACUUCACCUCAGGUGUCUCGGCAGAAGUCUGAUCCCAAACUUGUUUCUCAGCCUGGACCUGGAGUGGAUGCUAAGGCUCAAAAGCAAGCAGAAACAAUGGAAGGGAAAGACCUUAAAAGACCCCAGAUGAGUCCUAAACCAGAUGCCAAGCUAGCUCCCAAAGCACAACAAGCCACGGUGGGCCCCAAACCUACUCAAGCCCAGCUCCAGCAACCUCAGAAAACCCCUGAGCAAUCUAGGCGAUUUAGCCUUAAUAUAGGUGGCACCAGUGAGCCCCCUAAACCGCAGCCAACUACCCCCCAAGAAACUGUAACUGGGAAGCUCUUUGGAUUUGGUGCAUCCAUUUUUAGUCAAGCUUCUAAUUUAAUCUCCACAGGCCAGCAAGGAGCCCAGCCGCAGGGGCCUCCCUCGGGAUCUCCUGCAAAGCCACCCGCUUCUCCAGCACAGCCCUCUGGUCCUGCAAAAGACAUCCACCCAGCCCAAGCACCUUCCAAAACCACGGCUGUGAGGAAAGAGACAAAGCCUCCAGGGACAGAAAAAGCGGAGCCACCCAAAGCUGAAGGUGCUUUCCCUGUUAAAGAGAAAGGAUCUGAGAAGAAGCCUUUGCCUGCCAAAGAUACGAAACCCCCAGCUGUUGAAGCUAAACAAAGUGGUGGGCCACCUGAGAUGGUUCAGCCUUCAUUGCCCACGUCUACUUGUCCUCUCUGUAAAAUUGAACUCAAUGUUGGCUCUAAGGACCCUCCCAACUAUAAUACAUGUACAGAAUGCAAGAACAUAGUAUGCAAUCUCUGUGGAUUUAACCCGAUGCCACACAUAACAGAG